ACAUGGGGUCACCUGGAACGGGUUUCAGCCGAUCGACAUCGGUGGCGGACUCUGGUUGAGGCCUUAUGUGCAACCUGAUGCACGAAGAGGAUUAGAUGGAUAGAUCAUAUCGUCUCUUCAAACGUCGUCCACAUAACUCUUAUCUGUCUGACUGCGGGUGCUAAGUUGAUGGUUGUCUUUCUGGCUGACUUGCUGUCUCCACUAAUACAAUUUUUGUUCUUCUCUCCAAGGGGCCUGCUAGGGGGAUGUUUUGUCGUCGUUAAGCCGGGUUUCGAUUGAUCCGAGACGAAAUUCGUUAUAGUGCUUCUUAUCAUCGUCAAGAAAGUAAGACCAAAAGUCUCUUGAGGUCAACAAAGAGGACUAUCGAAUCACAUACGCUGGAUAUUUUAAUACACUUUAUAAACAUAUAGCAGAGGGAAAUACAUGUAUACCAGCUAGAAGACACGAUUUUCCAGAACAUGUGGUGCGUUGGAGUUCUUUUUAUGGCUCUACACCUUACUGUAUGCGCACAGAGUAAAAAAUGUGCUCACCUGCAAUUCGACAAUUUUACAGAGAACAUUAUUUCCAUUCACGAAAAUGAUGCCAUUUAUUUGAAAUUCGGAGUAAACGAUUCAGCUUGUAGCCAGAGAAAUUACAACUACAUGAUAUCAGUGAAAACCUACAGAAGCAAUCAUUUCACCGAAGAAGAUGGAAGACUCGAGCUGCAGAAAGAUAGAUGUGAUGUGACGACAAAAGGAAAUGUCCAAUGUACUAAAUUUGAUGGAAAAGCAGAGCUUUACAGGAAAAUAAACAGGUCCCACAUAGGCAUUCAGUGGAGGCUGACGUGGCUAGAAAAUGGUCACUUCAAGGAUGUGAUAAACCGAAUGAAUCUUAAUGUUUUGUAUUCACCCAAUGUCACAAGUCUGACGGUCGAUGGCCAUGAAGUGAGCGGAGUUUAUAUAUUAAAAGAGAACCAAGAGGCUGUUGUUAACUGCUAUUUUGACCAGGGCAAUCCACCAACUACUUUCCGUCUUGUCAAUGAAAUUAGACAGGAAGUGGCGUCUUCUUCAGCAGAAAGACAUUUUACAUAUCCAGUUAGAGUUUACAGGUGUAGCCGCCCGUGGCCAAGCCUCCACUGUGAAGGGGACGGAUCCAAAGAAAACAGAUCAGUGGAAUUUCUUGUCCGAUGUAGGUACAGUAAAACUAAAUAUAUAUAUAUACAUACACAUCUGCAUGCGUCUGUGUGCACGCGCGUGUGUGAGCUUUUAACCGUUGAUCAUUUAUUGACACCACCAUUAGGUUCAUAUCAAGGGUUGGGUCAUCAAUAUUUACAAAUAUACUGGGUUGUUAAACAUUAUAAUAUUGACAAUAUGUAGUCUGGGGUUCACACGUGGUUUUGAAUUCAUUUAUCUAAGUACUAUUGUUAAAAGUUUAUAUUCUAACUGCGAAAGCCUUCUCUGAGAAGCGCAUAAGUAAUUACAGCCCAAUAACAAACGAUUGUAAGCUAACUUACCCACAACAUCACUCAUCGUAUAACAAUACAUAUUUUUGUACAUCUUGUUUCAAACCAGUACCGCACAAUUUAAAGGCUCUAUAGAGAAAGCGUGAAAUAAGCCUCAUAGGUCUCUCCAUUGAUCCCUGACACACUGCCUAAGUCUGUAGGCUGCAGAUAUUUCUAUAUCAUGGCUCAUGUGUCGUUAUACCAGAUAUUCCAAACCUGAAGUGGAUAUAAGCUGCUUUAAAACAUUUUAUUUGGUAAAAGUCAAAGUAUCGUUUGGGCUAGAGAUAGCUUUUGUAUGAUGUAUACACUUCCAAGCGUGAACCGUUCUCCACGCUCUGAAUGUCAGGUCUCCAAAAACAGUCUUUCAGUCGCUCUCAGAGUGUAGGUAUAAAUAUAUCAACACUUUCUAUUUUCAGCUGUGACCAUACAUGUCCAAAAUCAUUUACAAAUAGGAAUUUUUUCACAAGGUGCGCCAAAGUUUACUAAUUAUUGCAUAUGUAACAACAUGUAACUUUCACGUGGUAAUCGAUCAUCUGACAUAUGAAAACGUAGCCUACAUUUCAUAACCUUAUUUUGGGAUACUAUACAUAUUGUAAAUCUACCAAGAUCACCAUAAUUUUUUUUUUCUUUAGUGUAUUUAAGUCAACAAUUAAAAGUCUUAAUUUGAAAACUUAGUUUCUACAGCCAUGUCAUUUAGUUGUACAUGGUGUUAGUUUCUAUGACCUCUGAACUCUGACCUUGUACUGCUACAGUCUCUGCGCCAAAAGACCUCGAGCUUUUCAAGCUUGUCGCCGAAGACCUGGAGGGCCUGGUCUACGUCCUCUUUCAGUCUCUCAGUAACAGUUUACUAAUGGCAAAAGAUCUCAUUUCAUCUCUAACUUCUUCUACGUGGUGUUCGAUGUUUUCCUCUUUUUUGUUAAGAUUUGUCUGGAAAUAUGUUAAGAAAACACUUACAUUGGAGUUAGCCAAAGCUUCCAGUAAAGCUACACAGGGGACUGCCGAAGUGCCAAUAUGAUCACUGAGUUCCUUUCGUAAAAUUUUACAAUAUUCAACUUUUUAGACUGAAUAUUGACAUAAAAAUCAUCCUUCUAAGUAGCUUGUGACGGAGAAAGCAAUAUUUUCAACACAAUGCGCCAUAAAGAUAAGGGCUGGUCAAAAUGCACCAUGUAUUAUAGAGCGUUCAAAAAAGUGUCUGACAGCUUGUGAACACAAUUAACCCACCCCCCUGUGUGUGUGUCAGAGAGAGGGAGAUAGAGAGAGUAUGCUCGUAUUUUAUGUGUAUGCUCAGCUUGUAUGUCUGUUAGGAUGUCUGUACAGAUUGCAAAAUUGCGUUUCCGAAAGAACAAUAAUAAUUACGAUUUUGCUGUGACCUCUCAAAUUUCUAAUGUUUACGGCGAUGCUAACUACUGUUUAUAACUUCUCUAGUUAAUGAGGAAACUCGCAUCUAGAGAAGAUUAAGACUAUUCACUGCAUCUUGCGUUUCCGAUUUAUUGUUUCGGCUUAAGAAGUCACGAAGAAAGAAAAUUGCACUGAGAUCUUUUAUUCCAGUAACACAAGGUGAGGAGAGUUACACAUGGCUGUUGGUGAUUGAGAAUGAUAUGGGGAGUUUCUCUGUCGAUAUAAAACGGAAUUACGAGAUUAUUCAACGUAUACAAAAACGAGAUUUUUUUAAUGCUGCAACAUUGCUGUCAGGCUGGCUAGUAGGAUGAUUAUCUGGUUGAAUGAUUGGAUUUCUUCUUUACAAUGCAUUGUAAAUGAGAAAGGCAAGACAAAGUGUUAUUAACGUUCUAUUAUCUGGCAUCAAGAGUGAGAAAUGGACAAGGGAAGAAUACUUAAAUUAUUGUUCAGGGAUAAAACAUUUACGAAGAGUUAUAUAUUAGGGCUUACAAGGAGAAUAUGAUGCUCAGUUACAGCUGUAUCAUUGCAAAAAAGACGCAGUUCUAUCAAUCUGGGUGAGUUAAACAAUAUUGCUGCUGAUGGCAUUUAUGUCCAGCUAUGUCCAUGAUACAUUUUAUCAAAGUAUUUCUUAUUCUUCUGCUAUAGUCAGACAAGGCAGUUGCUUAAACUAAUAUGAGUCUCAGUUGUGCUGGGCGCGGGGAGGCGUGACAUCACUCAUACACCUGUCCUCUAGGCAGCCAACCAGACAUGGUUAGGCGGUGUAACACGCUUCACGAGUGAUUCUUUGCAUCAGGCCGUAACACAAGGGCCUGGACCAUCCACCGAAACUUGUACUUGCCAAUACCACCAAAGUAGAAAUAAAUGGACUCCAAAACCAAAUUUUGGACUCAUGUGCUGCUCGUCGUGUUGAUGUUUAAGCAGUCUUAUUGUGAAGGUAUCGGCUGUUACGUUAAAUUUGAUGAAAGUAACUGCAUUCUAACUAUAUACAUAAAGAGCACGGUGCAAAAGAGACAGUUCAGCAUCAUGAACAAGACAGAUUCUACGGAAGAAACCGUUUUAACGUGUCAUUUUCUGCGAGGAAAAUACCAUUGCCAGUAUGACACAGAUAAUACCCUGAUUGAAAAGUCAAACGGUGAUCUUGAGCUAAUCCCUAACAACCGUUUAUGUAUGCCUGUAUCAUUAGAAACUGACGAAGGUGAACAACAAUCUGCGAAGUGUAAUGUUUCUCUAGAAGAAAGCAAGGAAAAGAAAACUUAUAACGUGACUAAUGAUGCAACUUCAAGAAUCAUUACUAGCUCCUACGGAAAUAAAGACAACCCCGUCACGUCUUUUGUUGUUAUUGCCGCCUGUGUUUUAUGUACUUCACUGUCAAUAGCAUUUCUCAAAAUACGUCCUUUCAGAGCAAGAAACAGGAAUGAUGAAGAAAAUGGACAACAAUCAGAUGGGCCGAUAGUUGCGGGAGCUCGGGUUGAGAGUACGGUGAUAAACCCUUUAUUCACAACCCAACCGGCCGUAACAAUCACAGCUCAAGAAUCUUUGCUCUCAGCUGCAGAACACAUGUCCGAUGAAGAGGACAAUGUUCAUCGAGCGAUGCUAAAAAAACUGGAUUGGAAACAAGAUGAGAGGCAGGAUGGAGGAAACGACUAACGUCGUGCUGGGGAUACGUCUCCACCACCAACAACCCAGUGGACAACUUCUUCACGUUAGUCAUCCAUCAUUUCUUUGGCUUUGCCUCGGCAACGACUGCUUUCAACGUAGCCAUCGAAAACAUUUCCUCCUUAUUGUCUGCCGUUUCUCCCUGUAUGGAUUUUUGUAUUAAGGGCCACUAGUCUGAUGGUCAUAGAUAUGUAUUUGUAUACGAACAUUUUUAGAAAGUAAGCGGUUUUGCGACUACGCUGAUGGCCAUAUAUUAUAUGUAGCUGUAUGAGGACAUUUUCGAAGGCGAGUGGUUUCGUGACCAGUCUGAUCAUAGAUAUGUGUUUCUAUAAUGAUAUUUUUUUAGAAACUGAGCAGUUUGGGGAUAGCCGCCUGUUGAUUGAAUGGAUUGUUUUUUCUACAAGCUUCUAAGUAUUCUACGUAUUCUUAGCAGUCUACAUAGUCUACGUAUUCUAAUUUUUUUUCUACUUCUACUUGUUCAUCUUCUUGAUGUUUUUUUUUGCUUAUCCAUCUGAUAUUGUUUCUUCAUAUUCUUUUCGUGUUUUUGCUUUAUUGACAUGUGUUCGUAUGCUUUAAUUUACAGUGGAACCUCAGUUAACGAGCACAAUCCGUUCUGCAAAGUUGUUCGUUAUCUGAAAUGUUUUUCCCAUAAGAAAUAAAGGAAAAAGAUUUCAUUGGUUCCCAGUUCCCGUUGACUCACUAAUUUUUGAAAGUUACAGGCUAUAUUAGUAUAUAGGUAUUUUUUAAAUGAGAACAGUUAUAAUACAAUAUAAAUGGAGUUUAAUAAAUAUAAAAACAUUAAC